AUGGUCCUACUAGGACUCUCCAUCCUCAUCGCUUCAGUCUCAUUCCUCUGUUACCGCCAUCCGCCGACAUCAUGGGCCUGUUUCCAGUGGCUUCGCCCCUCCAUCGAGUCUGGCGCGAAGAAGCAAAAUGGCGCUUCACUUCCACCUCCAAUACACCCCGAGAAGAUUUCGAUAGAUAGUAUAGACCCAGUGGCUAAAUCCUCAAUACCAGAGACGGCACUUAAACUCCCUAUAAUCACCAAAGCGGAUCCCCCAACAAAUACGGACAAUGCCAAAGCAGACUCCGACCGCAAAGCCAUGCCGCCCCCACCACCCCCCUUCAAGAAACAACUUCCACUGCGCAACCCUCAAGCACCAGUACCGACCUUCACAGUAGGCAAUGAUAGCAUCAAUAGCGACGGUCAAGAAGAGGACGAAGAGCCAUCUGCGCCAUCUUUCCCCGCCAUGAACUCCGCGCAAAGAGCCUCAGGAGGCGUCGCGGGUCCUCCAAGACUAAACGUCUACCCACAAUCCUCCCCAGGCCUCAUAGCACCACCAUCACGGUCUCCCCUUCCCAAUCGAGGACCGCCAGGCGGUUCCUCCUCUCUCGCUCCUCCGCCAACACAUACAUCUAUCCCCGCCAAACCACGCCGAAAGGUCCUCUUGACACCAGGUCACUCGCCGUUAGACUGGGCGCGACUAUCAUCGUCUCCUACAGCGAAUUUGAGAGGCUUGCCGGCUGAUACGCCAUAUAUUCGCGUACCGCCUAGCUUGCUGAAGCAGUAUACAGGGCGGAAGGGCAAGGAUGCGUGGACGGUACUGGGCGGGAAGGUGUAUAAUAUUACGCCGUAUGUCCCAUAUCAUCCUGGUGGCGGGCCGGAACUGCUGAAGGCUGCGGGGAGGGAUGGGACGAAGUUGUUUGGUGAGGUGCAUCCAUGGGUCAACUGGGAGGGCAUGUUGGAGCCUUGUUUGGUGGGUAUUGCGGUUGAAGACGGUGAUAGAAGAGCUGAAAGCACAUUGGACGAGAUGGAUUAG